GGUUCCGUGCAGGCGCGUGGCAGCUCUGUUCCGGUCACGCUGCUGUUUUCCGGCAUCAGUUUCCCCAUCGGGCCCUGGAACACAGAAGAUCCGGGAAAGGCCGUUAGCGGGGCAGAGGAGAGAUUAGCCGGAAAACAGACCAGAGAAAAUUGGGGUCCCUGUCUGCUUAAUUUUCUUCUGUAGAAUGUUAGAUCUGGGAAAUUAGAAUCCGGGAAAUGGGUUGUGUGCAUCUGUAGAGGAAGAUCGGGAUCUAAGCGUAUGUAGGAGGGUGCGUGGAAGGCUGGGGUUUUAGCCUUUGGGGAGGUAAAGCGGCAGGAUCUGGCUCUGAUUUGGGGGUUUCUGAAGAUUUUAAGAUGAAUUUGGGAGAUCCUGGUUUGGUAGUGGUGGCUGAGUGGCUCGCGUUCGUGGUGGCUAUGGAUCCUUCAGUGGAGACGGUGGUUCCGGGCGGUUUGGUGGCGGCGCCGUGAUUCCCUGUGCGGAAUCCUUAUUUUCCGAGAAUAGAUAGCCCUGGCCAAAAUUGGUACAAGAUACAGACAAUAUGGGGAUGUGAUUCUGUCAAAUGAUAAUGAUUUUUUAUUUUUAUUUUUAUUUUUAUUUUUCCUUUUUUGAGAAAUUUCAGGAGAUAAUGUUUUGAUUGAAUGGGGAUGGGUGGUGUUAUUGCCACGGCCAUUAAUGUUAAUGCCACAGCUUUUUUUAGUUAUUUGACUAUUAUACCCCUCAUUUUGAAUCCAACUUGCAGCAGUCAUCACUUUCUCCGCGUGGAUUAAUGGUCAAUUAAUUAAAAAAGCUGUGGUAUUAACCUUUAAAGCUGUGGCAAUAACACCACCCAUGGGGAUUGGUCUAGGCAGUCUAAAAUAUCUAGUCCCAAACUAGUUGAGUCCUCCACUUGUUGCUGGGUAAAUGUAAUUGCAAAUGAGCCACGGCGUCUUCUUUACUCUAGAUAUUUUCUUUGAAUAGAUCUGGAAAGAUGGG